UAGGAAGAUGAAUACAACUUUUUUUAAAAUGUAAAAAAAUAUAUAAUAAUAAUAAUACUGCGCUAAAACAGCAGCUUUAACUUCACAUUUUGAUCAGGUCUCCACAUGCCAACUCACCUGGUUUCUUCCACCCACAGAGCAAUGCGCCUCCUGCAGCGGAUGUGGCCCCACCUGCUGAUCAGCCAGCCCAUCCACUGGCUCCGCUGGACCAGGACCAGUUCACCCAGUCCAGAGGACGACGCAGAGGAGGAGAGCUGCUGGGAGCCAUCAGAUAAAUAACACACUGAAGAAAAGUCGCCUCAGACCCGUGGAAGCUGAUCAACUUCAGCGUGAAUCAGUUGAAUUUGUCUCCACAGACUGAAUAGCAAGGCUGAUUUUCUCCUGCUCAAGAAACUGACACUGAUCUCCAGACAUGAGACUCUUCUUCAAAGUGAACUUCAAAACUCUGAUGCUCCUGAUGCCCCUGGUGCUCCUGCAGGGGUCAGCAGUGGUGAUGUUCUGCAACUGGUACUACGAACUCAGCCCUUAUGACUCUCCUCCUGUUGACCGCAAAGUCCACGUUUUGCUGCUGUCGUCGUGGCGAUCGGGCUCGUCCUUCCUGGGCCAGGUGUUUGGCCAGCACCCGUCUGUUUUCUAUCUCAUGGAGCCCGGGUGGCACGUGUGGAGCACAAUGAGAACUUCUGGGGCGAAGACUCUCCGGAUGGCUGUGAGGGAUCUAAUGCGGAGCGUGUUCCAGUGUGACUUCUCAGUGAUGGAUUCCUACAUGCCAAAAGAUCGCAAGACCUCCUCCUUCUUUACGUGGUAUCAGAGUCGGGCACUCUGCUCGCCGCCAGUCUGCUCCGUCACACCAUUUGGUCAGAUAAGCAACGUGGAAGAGUGCCAAAAGGAAUGCCAUGAUCUAGCUUUUGAGAAGGUGACAAAUUCCUGCCAAAUUUACAGCCAUGUGGUUUUAAAAGAAACUAGAAUUUUUGAGCUGGAAUCCCUUUACCCUCUUUUUCAAGACCCCAAUCUUGACCUACGCAUUGUUCAUCUCAUACGAGAUCCUCGGGCUGUGUACAGGUCCAGAAAUGAGUCAGCUUUAUCCUUUGAGAUGGACAACGCCAUCGUCUUGGAGCACAGAGCUGCACCACAAGGCAAGGAGCAGUUUCUCAUCAUGAAGAAAAUCUGCCAGAGUCACAUCCGGAUCAACAAAACAGCUACCCAGGACCCUCCUGCUUUCCUCAAAGGUCGCUACAAGCUGGUUCGCUAUGAAGACGUGACACGCUCCCCGCUUCAGGAGAUCAUUGAUAUUUAUGACUUUGUAGGUUUAGAGAUGACCAAAGAGAUGGAGGACUGGAUACUUAAGAUGACCCACGGAAGGGGGACAGGCAACCUGAACAAUGCUUUCGAGGUUAUCUCCAGAAACGCUGCCCAAGUGUCCCAGGCUUGGCGCACCAUGGUGCCAUACAAUGAGGUCAAAAGUAUUCAGGAAGUGUGUAAAGAGGCCAUGUCAAUGCUUCGCUACAAGGCAGUGAACAGUGAAGAAGAGCAGAAGAGACUUGACAUGGAUCUGUACAUGCCAGAACGACCAAAAGGCUUUGCUUGGGAAUCAGGUAAAUUGCAGAGCCAUUAAGACAUUCAAGGAUCUACGAGGUGCUUCAGAUUCCUCUGGAGACUACAAGCAUGGACAAUGCAACGCAUAUUUAUUUUAUUUGAAACUGCAUUGUCCAUAAUCACUUCUAUAACAGUAUUUACUGUCUUAUAGACUGAUUUAUUUGUUCAAGAGAUUUAAAUGUGUUGCAAGAGUACAGUGGUACCGCAUAACGGCACAAUCUGUGUUGUGAAAAAGUUAAGGCCAUGCAAAGGACUCAGCUUUAUUAAGAGCUGGUGAGUCGAUUUUAGAAAUGAGUGAUCAAUUAAAUCUCAUCUCCUGUUGGAACAAAGCAUUCUUUCCAAAACAUUUGAAUAGAUAGUAGAUAUUUUUUUGUCCACUAUUUCUUUUCAUACAAAGCAGUUUAGUCCAUCCUGAGUAUAGCCAUGAAAUAGACAAGAGGUUGCCACAGUGUUUGAAUGUGUUACAGAUCUAUAGGAAGUGCCUCUACUUCUGUUUAUCGUCCUGAGCCACCAUUUUGUCCCUUAUUUGUCCUUCUGUGUUAUACCUACAUCGUGGCAUGUGAGGUCAUUAUCAUUGUGAUGAAUUGUUUACAUGAAAUAUCGGAUUGUUGCAGGUCACUCUUUCUAUUAGUCGACAGCAGCUUCCAUCAUCUGCUGCUUGCACAACAUGGGAGUUAAGAGAAAUUGAGCUGCCGACAACUGUUUUCAUAGGAGUGCGAUUCUUGUCAAGACAGCACUGUCUUGUUGCCUCGCAGCAAGAAGGUCCAGGAUUUGAAUCCCGGCCCGGGGUCUUUCUGCGUGGAGUUUGCAUGUUCUCCCUCUGCAUGGUGGGUUCUCUCUGGGUUCUCCCCCACAGUCCAGUAACAUGACUGUCAGGUUGACCCCGCCUCUGACCCGUUGACCGGCGGAGUUAGGCACCAGCGCCCCAGACGACCCCAAUGGGAUAAGCUUGUAUAGCGUCGGUGGAUGGAUUACCAUAAAGCAAUUAGAUUUUGUCACUUUGGCUCAUUUAAGGGAUUUUCAAAUGGAGUUUUUAAAUUCUUUAGUGGAGUGUUAGUUUUCUAAUGUCGUCUAGUAACUGAGGAAAUGUUUCCCUUCAUGCGAUAAAUAAGUGCAUAAAUGUUUGAUUUAUGAAUGAAGCACUUUUCUGUGUUCUGUAUUUCACUGGAUGGACUGAUUGAAUUAUUCUGUUUAAGAAGGUGUCUUCUGUUGUGGA